AUGUUUUCGGAUUUUGUGCAUGAGAAAACAGGUCCCUACACGAAAAUCCCGCCCACUCUGAUUGCCACGUCACCAUUUUUGUACGGACAAUUGCUCAGCUUGACGAAAUCAUCGAACAUUUUCGCAAAAGCCGGAACCCAGUGCACCGAAUACGUGCUGAAGCUGGAAGGAGGACCGGUGCUCCCGCAUUGUGCAGAAAUGUGGGUCAACAUUCCACGAUUGGAUUUCCAAAAAUGUUUUCCGAACUCAACAUUAACAUUAGACGAAUUGAAAAAGAUGAAUUACGAAAAGAUUCGAUUCGAUUAUCUUGGUGGAUUCUCGGGAAUGCAACUAAACGAGUACAUCCGAUACUGGUUAGACGGGAAUAUGUCAAAACUACGAAGAUUUCAAAUAAAUUUCUGGAAUGAUCAGUGGGCUUAUGACUUAUGGAAUCGUUUACCGCACUCUUCCGAGUGGAAUCCAAAACGCCGAUCAAGAUAUUUCUAG